AUGCUUGAUCCAAGGUUUAAGACCCGCUUCUUGAACGAUACAGCUUGUACCGAAGCAAAGGCAGGAGUUGUGCUUGCUGCCACUAAAUUGUUACCUCAAAAUAACAAAGAAUUAGAGUCUACAUCAGAGGAUGUGCAAUCCCAAAAGCCAACAAAAAAAAGACGUGUUGAUGAAUCAUCUUCAAAAUUGUGGGACUGUUUCAAAGAUAUGUUGGAAAAUGAAGUAACGAGUAUUUCUAACAACAGAUCACUUCAAGAUAGCAUCAGUGAUGAACUCUCGACUUUCUUGGGAGAACCAUUGUUACAGCGACAGGAAGACCCAGCUACAUGGUGGAAGUUUAACACUACAAAGUAUCCAACCAUAUCAAAGGUUGCACAAGUUUACCUAGCACUUCCACCAACAAGUGUACCAUCCGAAAGAUUGUUUAGCACGGCUGGAGACAUCAUCACUGAGCAUCGCACAAGACUGCUCCCUGACAACGCUGAGAAACUGAUAUUCUUAAAAUACAAUGCUUCUCUUAUUUAA